AUGGAUGCCGACGAGAUUGAGGAAAUGAGAGAUGGAGGCAAGCGAAAGAUGACAAAGGAGGGUUCCAUGCACGGCUCUACGCGAGAAAACAGAGCAAUGAAGAGGAGAGGCAAGGGCCCAGGUGACCUCUUGAUGACGUUAGUGCCUGGGGGUGCCUUCAUCUCAGCAAGGGGUAUGGGAGUGCUAGGCGUAGGCGGUGACGCCGUAGUUAGCAACGCCAGCGGUAGUAGAGGCGACGCCAAAGGAGCAAGUGGUGACGCCUACGGCGCGAGUGGUGAUGAUGAAGACACAAGUGGGUGA